AUGAACAAGGUAUCUAAGACAUACAAGGGUGCUGGGAAGACUGAGACAGCUGAGGAGGCGAUUUACAGAGCCACAACAUGUCAAUUGAAGGAGCGGUCUAAUAUAAGGAAGACAAACAAUGUAGCACAUGCUACAGCUAACACAGUGGUUUGGCCUUUCUUUAAAGCUGAGUGUGGUAGUAUCCACUGCUUCCGUUGCGAUGUGCCAGUUCUUGUAAGGAUGGCCAGAAGGGAUGACUCGGUGUUUAUCGCAUUUCUGCGGGAUUUGGCGAUCAGCCGAACAGUUUUCAGAGGAAUAUAUCAUAAGAAGUCUAAGAACAGUAAUAUUAAGGAAAAGGGUAUACCAUUAGCCAUUGCCCCAAGUCCAGCCCAACUAAAUAGAUCCCACUAA